AUGGCGACUGCUUCUUUGCGUCAUGGAGUGACCAUCACUGGAGCUAUUCUGCUAGUGACAGGAACACUGUGUUUCGCUUGGUGGAGUGAUGGUGAAAUGGGGGCCACAUCAAGCAGUGACCCUAAUGUCAUUCCUCAUGGAGAAGCUGAACCAGUGACAAGUUCUUCCUCCUCCAAUGCAGUUCUCAGGUCUAUCAGCUUCUUCUGCUGUGGGAUUGGUGGGCUCCUCCUCCUUUUUGGUCUCCUCUGGUCAGCAAAUGCUGGAAUUGUCUCUCGGCGCUAUCAGUACCAUUUUUCUAGAGACCUUCAUUACUUCACCGUUGAGCCUCUUGAAAAACAGACUUGCAGCACCUGGGAAGCCAGCGCUAUUCCUACCUAUGAAGAAGCCUUGAGUUGCCAGCCUGCUGAAAAUACCCCAAACUACAUACAGUCUCACCGUAUGAAAGAGAACAGGCCACCCUCGUAUCGAGCGGCAGAUGAGAAUGACCUCUGGCAUGGCAGCCGUAGGCGUAGCUCUUCUGAUAGUGCUUUGUUCCGGAAUAUUCUACCACGGCUAGAGGCAGGAUCUUGGGAUGACGCAAGCAUUGUCUGUGACACUCCACCACCGAGCUAUGAGAGUAUCAGCUCAUGUGAUGGAUGA